GCCCUCAGUCGCUGGUGGUGAGGGAGAGGGUGGUAGCAGUAGCAGAAGCAGCAGUAGUUGUAGCAGCAGCAGCAGCAGCAGCUAUUUGAUAGCCUGGCCAUGUCUGCACCUGCCAUGGGGACCAGCAAAACAGCUCCUAACGAUGGAAGCCACAAGAAGAAGAAGGGCCCGGGCACCCUGGCCACUGCUUACCUGGUCAUCUACAACGUGGUGAUGACUGCUGGAUGGCUGGUUAUUGCUGUGGGUCUCGUCCGUGCCUACCUCACCAGGGGCAGCUAUCAUGGGCUUUACUACUCAAUAGAGAAGCCGCUGAAGUUCUUCCAGACUGGUGCUCUGCUGGAGAUAUUACAUUGCGCUGUUGGAAUCGUGCCGUCCUCUGUGGUCCUGACUGGGUUUCAGGUGUUGUCUCGGGUGUUCCUGACUUGGGCCGUUACACACAGUGUUAGAGAGGUUCAGAGUGAAGACAGCGUGCUUCUCUUUGUGGUGGCCUGGACCAUAACGGAGAUCAUCCGUUACUCUUUCUACACCUUCAGCUUGCUCAACCACCUGCCUUACCUCAUUAAAUGGGCAAGAUACACAUUCUUUAUUGUACUGUACCCAAUGGGAGUGACUGGAGAACUUCUUACCAUCUAUGCUGCACUGCCUUACGUUCAGAAGACGGGUCUCUAUUCAGUCACUCUGCCAAACAAAUAUAACUUUUCCUUCGACUACUACACCUUCCUCAUCCUCACCAUGGUCUCCUAUAUCCCCUUGUUCCCUCAGCUCUACUUUCACAUGUUGCGGCAGAGAAAGAAGGUCCUGGGUCACAUGGAGGAGUACACCAAAGUGGAGUAAAUAAGCAUCCAGCGCUCCACAAGAAGCAGACUGACUGAUCAUGAUGUGGAAAAAGGAAAAAAAGAUGACCUUUCCAGUCCACACCUGGCCGAAUUAAAACAAGUAAAAAAAAAAAGUCUGCUUGACGAUAUACAGAGCCCAAUUUUUGUUUUUCUUUUUCAAGAAAAGAGAUGGAAAUAAUUUCUUAACAAUGUGAGUCAAAGGUUGGGCUCCUGCAGUGUGUGAUUUUUACAGAUAUUGAUAAUGAUUUGACAUCAGUGGUUCAAGCCCCAUUCAAGAGGCGAAUACAGUCAGUCAGUCAUUCAUGCCAACACAAUGCUUACGGAGUGAAAUAAUUAAAUAAUUAUGUUUUUAAUAUUGAAUAAUUUAAUUUUAAAUGGUUGCACUGAUGUUAGUGAGGGGCAGAGUUUAGCUUUGGCUUUUACCUUUCACUUUGAAAUAACAGCUAAAUUAGGUACCUUUGCAUAAUAACUUUCCCUUUACAGGUGGUACUAGACUCUGUACUAGACCGCUCUGCCCUGUACUGUUCCCUGUGCAUUUGGAAGUAUCUGUAGCAGGUGUGUUGAUGCACAGGCACGUCUUUUGUCUAACUUAGUCACAUUCCUUUGCUUGAUGUUUAUUUUUUUAGAUGGAAAACUGAUUUUUGUAGCUUUUGAACAAAUCGUAUCUUAGUUAUUGUUGCUCUUUUCACUGACUCGCUCAGGACUUCAGUGUUCAUUCUCUGUUCCCGCCCCUCGUUCAUGAUGUCUGAUUUUCUUCUGCAUUUUUUUCUUACUUCUUACUUUUUUCAGUGUUAAUUGUUUGAUGAGGAUCAUGUUUAUGACUUGUUCAACAAGAAUUGUGUUAUUGAUAGUUGUUUUGUUUAUGAUAUUGGUUGUGGGUUAUUGCUUUGUAGCUGUUCUGCGCUGUUUGGCACAUGAUCACUUCAGCAAGUAGCACUCUAGCUGAACUGACUGUACAGGAACCCUAAAGGUGUGAUUUUGCGUAUAUGUUCCCCCCCAGUUCUUUCAUUUGAGGUCCUGUCUGUAGGCAAUUUUCUCCAGCUGUUUCCGAAGUGUUUGAUUGGAAGAGGGCAGCGUUUUGGGCUGGAAGAGCACGCGCCAGCAGGAAGCUAGCGCGGACCCUGGCUCCAGGGCCAAUUGGAUUAAACUGCCUCCAGUCAUGCAUUUCCAAUGAGUAAAAUCUAAUAAUGUGCUGAGCAGGAGUUGCUGAGCACUUCAUUGUCCGUCUGCCCUCGCUGUCAGCAGCAACCAAAACUUACAAAGCUCAAGCCUUCAAGAAGGACAUGCUAAUUAGUCCUAAUGCACAACUUUGGUCUAAACACUAAACACCUCCAAAGAGUAAAGCCUAGAAGCACGGCCAGCGGCUGAGCAUCUGAAGGAGCAAACGUACCAGAAAUCUGAUCAGAAAAAAAAAGAUUUUACCUGGAAAAAUCUGGACAUCCCCGGAACGACACAAUCUAGAUUUCUUUGUUGUCUGGAUUGUAACAAAAGAAAACAUCAGUAAAACUCUGAACCAUUGUUCUGUUUCAAGUCAUUGUGAUUCAAGUUUCAUUACACAGAUAUUCACCUGCUUGCUCAUUUGUAAUGUUACCUGUAAAUCCCUGGAAGAAAAUGCUGACCUCAAUUUACAUUCCUGCACCACAACUGUAAUGGGAAUGGUUGACAUGAUGGAAAGACCGUUAGGAAUAUUAGGAAUGCAUCUGGCAAAAACAAAAAAAAAAAACAAAGUGCAUGAAAGAUGUUCUAUGAAGUUACACCAUCGCUGACUGGUGUGGUAAUACCUAGGUUAACUCAUUAGAAGCAUGACACUUAAUGCUAACAGACAACGAUGGGCUUUUGAUACAAAGGAUUUGCAUGGGACCAGCAGACUUUGUAUGAUUAUUAAAACACUUAUAUAUUUACAAUAAACUCAUAACCUGGAAAAUCA